AGGUCAAGGGUCGUCAGAUACGGUAAUGGUGAGGACAAAGGCAACGUUGAAGCGGGCCGAACAAGCGAAAAAACGAGGCAAAACCGAGAAACCCACAUCUGCUCCAACUCGGCAUUCAACGCGUAUCCGAAAGCAGACCGUUCUUCAUGUUGCUCCAGACUUUCAUCCGAAAUCAAGCCCUAAAAAAGGGAAAGGCCGACGUAAGAUUAAAUCGGAAGUGGUCGUUAUUGAGAAGAAAGGAAGAGGAGGAAAAAUCACUAAAACAAAAGUACUGAAAGGACGAAUGGAUGCAAAGCCGCAAAAGAAAGCAUCAGCAGCUUCUAGAAAAGGUAACGAUCGCCUCAUACCUCGCCCAGAAGUGAAAUUAUGCAAGGAAAAUCCUUUCUUCUCAUCGGUAAAGGCACCUGAGUAUGUGAGCUUUGUGAGCAAUGUACGGCUUCUUAUCAGAGCCAUUACCAAAGGAGAUCUCAAGGAGAUGCGAAGGUUGAUGAAACCAGAUUGCAGAUAUAUCGACGCACCCUCAUGUUCUUUAAAAUUUUCGUACGCGCAAGACAAAACACCGGAUGGUUGUGCCCUUUUAUGCGAUAACGAUGCUGUUCGACAAGAAUAUUUCAAGCUUAGAUCUCAGCUAAAACCCGGGAAAACCUCACGAAGAGAGCCAAAUCUCCUUCGAAGGAAAACCACUGGACAGUCCAACUUCUAUAUGUUGGGUCGUGCCACCAGAGCAGUAGAAAUGACUCGAGGUGGCCGUGAGGGAAACAAUGCAUUUUUGAACUUUGAGUCUCAGACUGAAUCGGAGUCUGGAAAAGAUCUCGUAAUGAACGGAAUGAGUUACAAAGACCUAGUCAAGGUGUCUAAGGAACCAAAUGUCUCAUCUGCCGUCAAUCUUAAUGUGAACUUCAUGGACGGCAUGGUGGUCGUAGCCGCAAGGAUGGGUUCGCUGGAUGUGGCCAGUGCUUUUGCUGAAGGACCCGCAAGUGCAAAUCUAAACGACUUGCAUAGAGAGACCCUCAAGAGAAACCCAAAACUACCCGAACGAAUUCUUCCUGUGUCAGUGCUCAAGAAAGGCUAUAAUAAUGCCAAUAUCACCCCUCUACACACAGCUUCUAUCAAUCCAAACGUGAAGGUCCUCGAACGUUUACGCACGAUCGAACCGAAUAUCAACAUACCGGACAGCAAUAACUGGUACACCAUACAUUACGCAGCCGUAUGCGAAGGACCUGAACCCUUGAAGUAUCUUCUGAAGAAUGGCGCACCCCCUACGGCGCUUACCAAGCAACACGAGACUCCCUUGCAUGCUGCUGCACAUGCUGGUCGGAAAGAAAAUAUAAAGAUCCUUCUCGAAGCUAUGGCCAAAUUAGAAACUACCGAUGGUGAUGUACCAGCGAUCAAACCUGAAAAAUCUCUGAUGAAUGCCCGUACAAGACAAGGCGACACGGCGCUUUGUCUUGCAGUUAGGGGACAGAAGCCAGAAGCUGUUACUGCUCUUCUUGCGCACAAGACUGUGCUCGUUGAUCAUCCUACCUCAACGUCAAAGCUUAAGAUGUCACCGUUAAUGAUAGCUUGUUCUCUUGGGAAUCUCGAAAUCGCUGAAAUCCUAAUCGCCCAUGGCGCUCUCAUCAUGGCAAAAGAUCACAAGAAGCGUACAGCUUUAUCGCAUGCUAUCAUUAACGGACAAGAACAUUGCGCGGCUAUGUUACUGGCAAAAGGAGCUGACUUUCUCAAGGGUGAUUCUUCCAACAACACACCUGCACACUAUGCUGCUGCUUACGGUUGGCUAGAAUGUCUAAAGCUUUUGGCUAGUGUUGAUCCGAGCUGCCUCAAGCAAGAAAAUGAUUGGAAGUUGACACCACUCUCCAUCGCUUAUCUCAAAGGACAUUAUGGAAUUGUGCAAUGGCUUCUGGACGAGAUGUCCGAAUAUGUGGAUAUUAAUGGGAAGGAUAUGGAAGGUGUGACGCUGUUGUCAUCAUUACUGCGUUAUACUGACGAAGAUGCGCAAAGCGAACUUCUUGAGCAGAUGCAGUACUUACUAUCCAGAGGUGCUGACUGUUCGAUCGCUGAUAGCUUGGGCAACGAUGUAAUGCAUGUUUUCGCUGGAAUUAAUGUUCGGCUACGAGAUCCCAGUGAAGAUUCGGAAAAGGGGAUGUUAGAAAGUGAAUAUCAAGCAUGUUUCGAGGAGAUCAUGAAGCAUGGCGGAAAUGUGGAACGAAGGAAUGAGUCAGCACAAACUCCGCUCCACAUCGCUCUUGGAGCUACGAAUUUGAUCCUUUUCAAAUGGAUGCUGGAGCAUCUUCGUGAUGUUCGUGCGACUCUGGCAGUUCCAUGGUCUGCUGAAGCUAACAUUCUGCACAUUCUUCUGGCUGUUCCGGUGAAUGUGUGGGCGAACCGUCGUUUAUGGCGCGGAGAUCAACCACCGUCACAGCAUCUCUAUGAUGUACUGCCGAUCAUCAACGAUGUCUUGCUGAGGUACUGCAGUGAGGAAGUGAACCUAUGGCUCCAUCAGCCGAAUGCAGAAGGUCUGCAGCCAGUGCUUUACGCCGCCAGAGCAUACCAAAAAGCUCCAGCGCAAUCCAACUGCAAGCAAUUCGUUGACUACAUGACCAAGCUGAUCGUGUGGAUUUGCCAGUUGUGCCCAGACUGCUUAACAAUGGUGUCCGCACCUAAAAAAGGUCCCUCUACUUCUUCGCAACCAACUACUAGUUUAAUCUACUUUACGCUCAUGAUUCAAAUAGAAGCUGGCAGUCUGCAGCUACUGAGACAACUACUCCAGCUGGCUGUUGAGAAGAAAAAAUUAAGGGAGUUGAUGGAACUGAUUGGUCCGGACGGCUACGGUCUUAUGAUCUCAGCGUUGAAAACUAACCCAAUAGCGGCAGGUCUCUUACUACGAACUACCAAAGAACAUGGCUGCACUGAAGGUGUCCACAAUGUGAUACUUAUACGCGAAGCUGGUCGAAAAGAUGAGGAAAGAAAAUUGCUAAACAAAUCUCUGGCAAUGCUCAUAGUGGAAAUGAAGAGGUUUGAACUGAUGAGUGAGCUGCAGCUUUCUCAAAGGGAUUGGUUGCAUUGCGAUGCUAACGGUGACAAUUUAUGGCACUAUGCUGCCAGGACACAAGAUCUUCGUGCGCUUGAGCUGUUCCGACUACUUGAGUCGAAAGGCAUUCCCAUAAAGGCAGAUAAUCAACAAUCGACACCUUUACAUGAGGCAGUGCAAACAUGCGAUUGCUCUGCAAAUUCGGUUUUGGAACCGAUCGAAUGGCUAGCUGCCAACUGUCCACAGGCAGCCCGUGAUACGUUUGGUAGAACUCCACUUCAUUACGCCUUUGCUUCUCGGGCUCAGCUGAGUAAAGGUGGACUCACCAUUGAUAAUCGAGACCCCAUAGCUGUGGUCACAAUUCUCACCCGUAACAUGACCAAGCAGCAGCUCGACUGGGCUGACUGUGAGGGAAAUACAGCACUUCACCUUGCUGCAUUCAAAAAUGCAAACAUCUGUGCUGUAACUCUGCUGAGGAAGGGAGUCAGCGUAACAGUCAAAAACAAGGAUGGAAAUUCGCCGUUAGCGGUAGCUGUCCUACAUGGAAGGCAGGCUGUAGCAUUGACUCUGAUUCAAGCGGAGAGCAAUGUGACAGAUAAGGUGUAUCCGCCAAAACCCGCCCAGCUACACAUAGAUCUCUGGAAAUGGAAGGGUGCAAUUAAGGAGAAGGAUGAGAAUAGAAUCUCAACGAUACCAGCACAAAUUGUUGCAAGAGGAGGCGGAUGGGAAGCGAUGGUCUACGUUUUGAUGGAUGCUCUCGGGACGGACUUGACUUCGUUGCUACAAAUGAUCGAUGCAUCACUAAAAGAAAGACAGUAUAACUUGGCAAAUCAGUUAACAAAGUCACUGCAAGCACGAAUGUUAGGCAAAAAAUUGCCAAAGAGCGAUUACCACCUGCUAUUGACAUUUGCUGAGCAUUUUAAAGGUGAAAUUGCUGACGACAGUGUAGAGCAUGCGGUCCUUCAACGUCUCUACGCUUUGGGUGAGGAAGUGAUUACUGAUGGUGUCAGCUUACCCUUGGAAGCAGCUAUCCUCAAUGGACAGUGGGCGCUUUACAACCACUUCAGGGCACGUGCUGGUAAAGCUUGGGCCACUCUUCGUCCUUCUCAGCCUGCGUUGGGACCGCUCAGAAAUGUUGUGGUUCGCAUGUCCAGGAAUAAAGAGGACUUUGCAAUCACUGCAAUGCAGGAACUUCUUUCUCUACCUCACUUCAGCAUCAACGAGCCCAUGUCUCUCCCAUUGUCGUACGAUCUCACUGAAGCAUCUCUGUCCACGCUUCCUCCAAUCGCUUGGGCUGCAACGCUAGACGAGCCGAACCUAGUGCUCCUGUUACGAACAGCUGGAGCAGAUGUUAACGCCACUGACUUAGAGGGUCGCACCCCGCUCAUGAUUGCUCUUUUGGCAAAUAAGGUCGAUACUGUACAGGCACUAUGUGGUGACGGGGUCUUGCGUGAUAAUGAAGUUGCAAAGAAGGUUCCGAAGAUGCCAAAAAACCCUGGCACCCGUAUGCUGCUCGGUGCAUUCCUGGCGAAAGGUAGAAAGAGGAAAGCACCCGAAAGUGAGAAUGACGAACGAGCUGAGAGCGAGGAUGGAUCCCAGGAAGGAACGCCUAGAGCAGAUUCAAUCAGUGGAGCCGAUGAAGAAGAGGAUAACGACGAUAAUCAGGGGGACACCCCACCUCCAAAGAAAACAAAGUUAGCUAACAAGAAGCUGGAUCUGAUGGCUUCUGACCGCAGAGGGAGGAAUAUAAUGCACUAUAUGGUUGCUCCAAUCCAGUGGGAAAAUGUGGACCUUUUCUUUCAGCUUCACAGCGAAGCUCCGGCUAAGAUCAAGCAACUGUUGCAGCAGAAAGACAAGGAAGGCAACACGCCAUUAGAAAUCGCUAUUAGAACGAAGCAGCGCAGGAUGGCUAAUGCAAUGAAGUCCGUGUUGGGCGCACCAACCAAGAAGCAGAAGAUCACCAAUGGAUUUUCUGUGUCGGAUCUACCCGACGUGACAAACUUGGCGUGUGAGUUCGAUAUCGAUGCGGACUCGAAGGCAUACAUUGAACGUUGGAUAGUUGAGCACGAUACCGACAGCGAACCAGAAAUUCCGAAACCCUCAAAAAUGAGCGGCUACAGCGAAACGGCCGAUCUUGUCCGAGAUCCUAUCACUCAACAAAUUAUGGCUGCUGUACUUAACAAAACUGAUCUCACCUAUGGACGAUAUGGCUUCCACAAUUUUUAUCGUAUUGAGCUGAUGAAGCGACGUGACACAGAUUUAUGGAUUCUGUUUACCAACUGGGGUCGAAUAGGUUCAGGCGAUGGCGAAUUCCAAACAACACCUUUCAAUAACAUAGAUGCUGCUUUCAAAGAAUUCAAGUCGGUGUGGCGGUCCAAAACGGGUCAGGAUUGGGGACCAUUCGAUAACUUCCAGACUCUUCCGAAAAAGUAUAAGCUUGUUGAGACAACGAAGCGAGUCAGCAACUUAUCUGAAAUCGACAUUCCUUACGAGGAGAAGAAGGAAGAGGAUGUGGUUCGUAGGGCCAUUCAAGACCUCAGCAAUGUCAAAAAGUUAAAGGACUAUGCCAGACAGAUCAAUUGGGACGUUGCCUGUCCAUUUGGUCACAUAACCGAGGAGGCCAUUGAGCGAGCUCGUGCAGUGCUUGAGCAGUGCAAGCAGAACGUCAAGGACCUCAACGCAACUCUUUCGCGCGAAGGCCAUACUGACGUUGAUGUACUGCAGGUUUUCGAUAAGAGCCGGACUCUUACUGCACAGUUUUACGAGAACUUCCCCGCUGGCAAUUUCGCAUAUGGUGCUAUCGAGAUUCUGGACAACGAUGACCAUAUUCGGAAGGCCCAAUCUGCACUGAACCGAUUGACUGAAGUAGAGGUUUCCACAAGAAUCCUUACUGCAGCAGCUCAACAUCCAGAGCUUGACCGUUUGAGCUUCAUCACUUCUGCGCUAGAAUGUGGUUUUACGGAAAUGAAACCAACAGAUGAGAUGAGCCAAAUGAUCUUGAGGUACAUCCACGUCACGGGUGAACAUUCUGCCAAAGUCAAGACUAUAAUCUCCUUAUCGCCAAGGACCGCCACUUUGAAUUUUGAAAAGUUUGUGGAUGAAGAAAAUCAGAAAUUUCUUUGGCACGGGACAAAAGCUGUUAAUUUGCUAAGUAUCCUCAAAGAUGGUUUCCUCGUUGAUCCACAUAACACAUCUAUUACCGGAAGACUUUUUGGUGAUGGUAUCUACCUCUCGGACGCUUUUCAAAAAAGUGUGAAUUACUGCGAAGCAUCGGCCAAACACUGCAGAUAUAUGCUUCUCUGUCGAGUUGCACUGGGCAAAACUUUCACGUUGAAAUCCUGGGAUUAUUCAGCGAAUGAAGUGCCGCCUCAGUACGAUUCCUUACAUGUGAUUGGUCGGAGAUAUCCGAAAACGUCUAUCACAGUAAAUGGAGUUGCUAUGCCAAUGUGCGAUUUUGGUGACCAUUCCCGUGAUCGCUAUGUGUCACUCGAACAUUCCGAAUAUAUCGUUAGAGACAGCACAAGGAUUCUGCCGCAAUAUCUCGUAAUUUUCAAUGCGAGCGGUGAGGAACAACGGCGGUCAUUGUGGCAGAUCGCCCCGUGAUCUCUAAAAUUGACUGCUUUGAAGAUCUUUGAUCUCUGUUUAAUAACUUUGCAGGAUUGACUUACGCAAUUUUUAUUCUAUUGUAGCAUGUAACCACCAGAUCUAUCCCGUUUAGAAUCAGUUUGAGUUAGUUUUAUUUAUAAGAAAGCUGUGUACAUUCUACAGGAUUGGCUGUUCCAAAAGCUUUUCCGUUCUUUCAGAACAGUUCAAUUUUGAGCAAAAUACUUCCAAGGAAUCAGAGAUUCCAGUGUUUUUCGCUGCAGUGGUGUCACUUAAAAAAGUC